GGAGAGGCGGGACGCCAGGGCUGUCGUGAGGCAGCUCUGGCCAAUGGGGAGGCAAGCCGGGCCUCGGGGGCGGGGCACCGGGGCCUUGUCACGCUCGGGUCCGUGUGAAAACGGGGGUUCCGAGUGCAAAGCAAAGUUUUUUUGUAAACCGUCUGCAAAGGCGGGGGGGCGAAGACGGCGGCCGCUGCCGAGCCGAGCGCAGUCGUCGCGGACGCGGUCUCCUGAGCGCCUCGGUCUGAUGCUCGGCAGCCCCUCGGCACGCAGCGGCCCGUCUCGCCUGUCCAGCCGAGCGCCGGCGCUUGAGUAGCUGCGCGGCCGGCGGUUUCCCCACAGCGCCGCUCCCGCGUCAGCGCCGAGCCUCAGGCCGCCGCCAUGGGCUGCUGGGGCCGCAACCGCGGCCGGCUGCUGUGCAUGCUGCUGCUGACCUUCAUGUUCAUGGUGCUGGAGGUGGUGGUGAGCCGGGUGACCGCGUCGCUCGCCAUGCUGUCCGACUCCUUCCACAUGCUGUCGGACGUGCUGGCGCUGGUGGUGGCGCUGGUGGCCGAGCGCUUCGCCCGGAGGACUCACGCCACGCAGAAGAACACAUUCGGCUGGAUCCGCGCUGAGGUGAUGGGCGCGCUGGUGAACGCCAUCUUCCUCACGGGGCUGUGCUUCGCCAUCCUGCUGGAAGCCGUCGAGCGCUUCAUCGAGCCGCAUGAGAUGCAGCAGCCGCUCGUGGUGCUGAGCGUCGGUGUAGCGGGGCUGCUGGUCAACGUGCUGGGGCUCUGUCUGUUCCACCACCACAGCGGCGAGGGCCAGGGCGCGGGCCACGGCCACUCGCACGGCCACCUCUCCAAGGGCGCGCGCAAGGCGGGACGCGCGGGGGGCGAGACGGGCGCGCCACCGGGCCGGGCUCCGGACCAGGAGGAGACCAACACGCUGGUGGCCAACACCAGCAAUUCCAACGGGCUGAAGGCGGACCAAGCAGAGCCAGAAAAACUGAGAAGUGAUGAUCCAGUGGAUGUACAAGUAAACGGGAAUCUCAUCCAGGAGUCGGACAGUCUGGAGUCAGAAGACAACAGGGCCGGACAGCUGAACAUGCGAGGAGUGUUUCUGCACGUCCUUGGAGAUGCCCUGGGCUCCGUGAUCGUGGUAGUGAAUGCCUUGGUCUUUUACUUUUCCUGGAAGGGUUGUACUGAAGACGACUUUUGUAUGAACCCGUGUUUUCCUGAUCCCUGCAAAUCGUCUGUAGAGAUAAUUAACAGCACCCAGGUCCCAGUGCGGGAGGCUGGUCCGUGCUGGGUGCUCUACCUGGAUCCGACCCUUUGUAUUAUAAUGGUUUGUAUACUUCUUUACACCACGUACCCAUUGCUUAAGGAGUCUGCUCUCAUCCUUUUACAAACUGUUCCUAAGCAGAUUGACAUUAAACAUUUGGUUAAAGAGCUACGAGCCGUUGAAGGAGUUGAGGAAGUCCAUGAGUUACACGUCUGGCAGCUCGCCGGAAGCAGGAUCAUAGCUACUGCUCACAUAAAAUGUGAAGACCCAGCUUCAUACAUGCAGGUGGCCAAAACCAUUAAAGAUGUUUUUCACAAUCAUGGAAUCCACGCCACUACCAUCCAGCCUGAAUUCGCUAGCGUAGGCUCUAAAUCAAGUGUAGUCCCGUGUGAACUCGCCUGCAGAACUCAGUGCGCUCUGAAGCAGUGCUGCGGGACUCGGCCGCAAGUCCAUUCUGGAAAGGAUGCAGAGAAGGCGCCAACAGUUAGUAUUUCUUGUUUAGAACUCAGUGAAAAUCUAGAGAAGAAGCCCAGGAGGACUAAAGACGACGAAGGCAGUCUCCCUGCUGUGGUGAUAGAGAUUAAAAACGUGCCAAACAAACAGCCCGAAUCAUCUUUGUGAGUCUUGAAAAAGAUGUGAUAUUUGACUUUUGCUUUUAAACUGCAAGAGAAAAUAGACUCGAUUGAAAUACUAAGUUUGCCAAGUAGUGUAAUUGAAGUCCUUGUCUGGUCGCACAGUUUAAUUCUAUUUUUGUAAGAACCAAAUGGAACUGCAUACUAGAGUGUGCUCCAUCACAGCCUUGUGAUUAGUAGUGCAUAGUGCAGCUAUGCUGGAACACAUUUGAAAGCCAGUUUUAACACUAUGUUACAGUUUUGUUUAAAGUAAGUAUAAACCUUAUAUGACAUAAUGACAUUUGAUUCCUGGUUUUCCCAUGAUAAGGAUUAGGGGGAUAAAUAAAAUUGUUACUGGAA